AUGCUGUGUGCCCAGCGUAUGUCGUCCCCGAAGGCUGCAGCGUCGCCUGGAGGGCGGAACCGCGAGGUCGUCGUCAAGGUUGGCGAGGAGUUCGGGCUCGGCCUCGAGGGCACCGUUGUGCGAGAGAUCACCGACAACAGCCCGUUCAAGGACAAGAUCCCCAUCAACAGCGUCAUCAAGAAGAUCAACGACAAGGAUGCCACCCCCGAGAACAUUGACGACCUGCUGCAGCCGGGAGACCUGAAGAUUGUCUAUGGACCGGAGGAGUCCGCCGAGGUGGACGCGAUCCCGCCCGAACGCGAGAAGCUGAUCCAGGGCGGCCGGAAGGAGGGCUUUACCUAUCACUUUGUCGAGAUCAUUUUCAAGAAAGGUCUGAAAUUCGGCCUCGGCAUCAAGCACUACCAGAACAAGGUGAUUGUCUCAAAGGUUGACGAUGGUUCCCUCUCGGCCUUGCAUCUGAAGGUGCUCGACCGAAUCUGGGAUAUCAACGGACAGGCCGUGUCGGACAAGGAUGUGUGCCGCGAUCUGCUCGUCAAGUCACUUCAGAAAAACCGCAAGGCCGACAUGGUGAUCGAGCGACCGUCGACGAAGGAGGCCAAUGAAACGAUGCAAAAAGCCCUGAACGCCUCCCAGAUGCAGCCGCCCUCCGUGGCGAUGGGCUCGGAUAUUCGCGAGAUUGUGGCCAAGCAGCAGAAGCGCGUCGAGUCUGGCCAUCGCCCGAAAUCGGGUGGCCUUCUCCGCAACAACAACACCCCGCGAGCUCGCGUUAAUUUCCAGUCGAAUCACAAGGAGGUGGUCAUCGCCAGCGACAACGAGGGAAAGGACUUGAAGAAGGUCGGAAAA